CCUCCCAAAAAAAUGGCAAUCCUAAAAGUGAGAAACAUACUAGUACUACUACUAAGCCUAACCUUGUUGGCAACUCUAGCUGCAACUCUGGUGGCUAAAACACCAUGUGGCUCAACGACAUGUGCCUCCGGCGAGUGUUGCAGCAAAUUCGGCUUCUGCGGCAAAGGAAAAGACUACUGUGGCGCAAAUUGCAAAGUAGGCGCCUAUACAACAAAUGGUGUUUCAGUUGCUAACAUUGUGACACCCCAAUUCUUCAAUGGGAUAAAGAAUCAGAUCACUAAUCGAAACUGUCCAGGAAAGAACUUCUACACUCGACAGGCUUUUCUCAAUGCUCUAAACUCAUACCGUCGUUUCACCAAAAGUGGCUCUGUCGAUGAUUCCAAACGUGAGAUUGCAGCCUUCUUUGCUCAUGUCACUCAUGAGACUGGCUAUUUUUGCUUCAAGGAAGAGACUGGAAACCAAAAUGAAAAGUACUGUGAUACAAGCUACAAACAAUUUCCAUGCAACUCCAAGAAGAGGUACAAUGGGCGUGGCCCACUUCAACUGACAUGGAACUACAACUAUGGAGGAGCUGGGAAAGCCAACAACUUCGAUGGGUUAAACUCCCCUGAAACAGUGGCCAAUGACCCUGUCAUUUCGUUUAAAACAGCCUUGUGGUUCUGGGUGGAGAAUGUUAGUCCUGUCAUAGACCAAGGUUUUGGAGCAACCAUUAAAAAAAUCAAUGGUGAAUUUGAAUGUGGUGGUAAGCAGCCUGCCAAAGUUAAAGCUCGGGUUACCUUGUACCGCAACUAUUGCCGCCAAUUCGGUGUUAGUACUGGAAGAAAUCUCUUCUGCUAAGCUCUCAUCUCCUUGUGUUGGGACUGCUUGAUACAAAAAGAGAAAAGAACAAAAUUGAUGGCUUUUUAGUUUAACUUGUUAUAAUCAUUGUACUUCUCCGAUCAGCUAGUUGUACUGAUUGCUUUUAUCAACCUACGGAGGAAAUAAGGAGCUUAUAU